AAAAAAAAAAAAAAAAAAAAAACAUCGAUCUUUCUGGUCAUACCACCUUUCUACCAGUCACGGUUCACACAGCGAUAGAAAGAAAAGAAUAUGUUUACUUUUUUAUCCCUAUUAUUAUUUCUCCCUCAAAUCGCAAAUUGAUUUCGACCAAACCUCUUCACGAUAAAUCCGCUUUCAGAAAGGGAGGAAUCAAGAUCAACCUGGUUCAGUGGGCGGCGACCUGAAUCGAUCACGGAACCUUGAGAAAUUCGUCCUGAAGCUCACUUCUCCGUCAAGCGCCGAAAAAAAGACAAAAAGGAAGGAGAAAAGAAAAUGUCAGAAAUAAGACCACCCUCAUUCGCUCAUUAUCGCGAGCCUCUCAAGCGCAAACGCACCCGCUCAGUGUCCAGUCGGCCCAACAGCAGCGCCGGCUUCUUAUCAUCCAGCCCCGGCCCGGGGCCAUCAGACGUCAUCAACCCGCUGUCUUAUACGCCCACGGUGCUCGGCCAGCUGCACCUGGCUGGCCACAGCGACGCGGACCUGCUGCCGUCGUCGGCGGUCCCGGACUUUCCGCACCGGCCGCUGCCGCGCGAGAAACUCUCACGGGGCCAGUCGUCUUCGCCCCCCGAGACGAACGACGAGGAGGAGGACCGAGGAAAGGAUGCGAAGCGACGGCAGAACGCGGAGCACGCGCACCGCGUGACCGAGCGACACCUUGGCGUCCUGACGGCGCUGAUCCAUCGCUCGCUGGAGGAGGGCGAUAUUGCCCGCGCAAAACGCGCCUUUGGCCUGCUCGUCCGCUCCGAGAUCUGGGGUGCCAGCGUGGAUCUGAGGAAGAACGGAUACUGGGCGCUGGGCGCCGAAAUUCUGAUGCGCGAGGGUGAGAAUCCACCGUCGUUGUCCGGGGGUGAGGCGGCUGGUGAGAACGAGGACGAGGUGAUGCGGUCGGACGACGGCGUAGCCGACAGGGAGGAGACGAUCCCCUGCCGCUGGGGUCGCGCGUCUAACAUGCCGGCCGUCAGGGACUACUUCCGCUCCCUGAUCAGUCAGUACCCCUGGAACAGGUUCCACCCGCGGUCCAUGUCUGCGCUGAGUUUCUGGCCCGCCCUUCUGGGCUGCGAGCUGUACAACACCUGGAUCGAGCAGGUCCGCGCGCUGAAGCGGCUCGAUAUCGAGGCUGAGGACUGGAGCCUUGUCGACGAUACCAACGAGGAGGGGGACCAUGACGGCAGCGGUGUCGAUUUGGCGCACUUUAAGCUAGAGCGGAGAAAGCGCGAAGGUCGCGAUGCCAUCCGCCUCGAGGCGCUCCGUCAAAUGCGCGACGUGGCACGGUCAAUGGAUGACUUGAUGAUCGCGCCACCUUUUUCGACGAGCCACGAGCUGCUGAGGCUGAGGGGCAUGAUCGCCCUGUACAUGGCCGACUUGGUGGUGCCUCCCAGGCCUAGGACGGAGGGCGAAGAGUACGAGGCAAAGGUUCAGCGCGGCACCGAAAUGGACAGGGCGCGACACCGCUUCCGAAAGAUCAUUGACGACGGAGGCGAGGUCGAGCGUUGGGUUGGGGACUUUGUCUCACGCAGGACGGAUGAUGGGGAUGGGGAAGACGAGGAUGACAGGAGCAGUAAUAUCGACCUUCCAUUCUUUUCUUCGCUACCCAUUAGAGGCCGAUGAGCUCGAAAAGAACACAAGAAGGUCAUUUGAUGAUUAUUAGUACUUGACGAUUGUACAAGACGGAACCCCUGGAAUGAAGCAAGACCGAUGCGCAGCCAAAAAACACACCCCGGAUCUAUCUAUGACUACCCUUUGGAACUGGUGUCGUAUCCUUCUUGUGCGGGUUCCAGCGCUCCAAAAUGACAACCGAGUUCUUACUCCCGGCGACAACACACCAAGCACCGUCCAUGCUCCACGCCACCUGCCUCGCCAAAACGGCCGAUGCGCUAAACGACUCAACCUUGUGUGGCUUGAUCGGCUCGUUGGGAUCCGAAAUGCCGUAUUUCUCUUCCCAGCUGGUUCUCGCCUCGGGUCCGGUGGGCUCCCUGGUGGCAAGCUCCCUGGACGAAGUGACUGAAGGCGCCGUCUCGACGGGCGUCGAGCGAGCGCUCGAUGCGGCCCUGCUAGUUGUCGGCUCGCGUCUCAGCUCGCGCCCGCUGCUCGAGGUCUCGGUCCUCAACUUGCUGACGGGGCGUUCUACGACUCCGACGGUGGGCUUCUUACGCUGCUGUCGUCGGGGCUCCAGCCAGCUAGGUCGUUUGGGUUCCUCGCUGCCCUCCUUUUCCGACUUAUCGAGCUCCUGUAUGUAGUCCGCAUACGCCGUGAACCUUGCCAUAUCCCAGAACAUGAUCUUGGAGCCGGCAUUACCGAACGCCAGGACCGGGUGCAUGCCCUUGCGCUGGAGCAUGCUGAAGCGCAUGUAGAACUGUACCCCGCAGCCUUUGGUAUGGAAGGUCAUGAGGCGGGUGUAAGGACGAGGGCAAGAUUUGGUGUCGGUCUGGCGGACAAAGGACGACCGUGUCAGCUGGCUCGGGUCGUAAUUCGUAGGUGCGUCCAGGGCCGCCGGUGGCGGGUCGUGUGAACUGAAGCCCUCAAUCCGCCACAUGACUAUACAGUCCUCGUGGCAGGCUCGCGAGAGGACAUUGUCGCCGUAGAAGGAGACGCUGGAGCAGAUACAUUGUGAGUGAGGAGCUCGGCUUAGGGAAGAUACAAGGCACAUACCAGUCUAUUAGGUUAGGGUGUAUUUCGUUGGUCAAAAAGUGCGGGUAGUAUACGACGAUGGGUCGUUCCAUGUGUUGGUUGGGAAAAUCGGGUAAAGUCCACUAAGAGGUGCUCACGAUUAGCAGCAACCAGAAAAAUAGGUCCACAGGACCUCAAGAGGUCAUGGUCAUGUUUGCUAUUUACCAUGCUGAUGACUCUGUCGUGGCCCGCAGAUAGAAUAUACCUGCCUGUUUGGUGGAAGGCCUGGAGAGAGAGAGAGAGAGAGAAAAAAGAACCAAUUAGCAGGCCGA